ACAUGUAGAUCUCAUAGCGGCUUGGCCUUUGUUAGCGAGUCGGUAAGAAGAACCGAGACAGCCAGCGGAGCCGCAUUCAUGCACUAACAGGGAAGAAAAUGAUCAUCUGCACGAAAAACAUGGAUUAUCGCCUUGGAACACAGUGCCAGUUUGUCCAAAACCAGGUGAUGGUGAACUCUGAGAAAGAACGUGCUUCCCUGUUGUGUAUGAAGGCUCUGGUCAACAGGGGGCGUCUGGACACGGUGUCUCAGCAGAUGGCCUCUCACCCACAGUACCUGGAGAGUUUCCUGCGCACCCAACACUACAUCCUCUAUAUGGAUGGCCCUUUGCCCCUGAACUACCGCCACUACAUUGCCAUCAUGGCUGCAGCGCGGCAUCACUGUAGGUACUUGGUUUCUCUGCACUCGGCUCAGUUCCUGCGUGUGGGAGGUGACCCCUUAUGGCUUCAGGGGCUAGAGGCUGCGCCCCCACGUCUACGGCACCUUGACCACAUCAAUAAGGUCCUGGCCCAUCAACCUUGGCUCACGGCAUGCUCACAUAUACAGGCUCUGCUUAAGACAGGAGAGCAUUGCUUGUCUAUGGCCGAGCUGGUUCAGGCGGUUGUUCUGCUGGCCCACUGUCACUCUCUUUGCAGUUUUGUUUUUGGUUCUGGUUCUGACUCAGACAGCACUCCCUCUCCCAGAGUGCCUCACGGCACGCCCCCUGGCUUCUGUCUCUGUGAUGCUGCCAAUGGCAACACAGCCUUAUCAUCAGCCCCCGCUGGACCAACAGAGAAGACACCACGGCGAAGGUCUCUAGACUCCAGCUGUGAGCUCGCUUCCAAUCGAGAACAAAUACAAAAAACACAGGAGGAGAAGGAACGAAAAGGAGAUCGACUCCAUUCACAGACACUCCCACAAUCAGAUGUGGAGGACGAGGAGGAGAUGAUGUGCUCAGCAGACCCCUCCCGCUUUGUCACAGAUCCAGAAUUUGGCUACCAAGAAUUUGCCAGACGGGAGGAGGACCAUUUCCAAGUAUUCCGGGUGCAGGACUAUUCGUGGGAGGAUCACGGCUUCUCGCUGGUGAACAGGCUCUACUCCGAUAUAGGGCACUUGUUAGAUGAGCGCUUCCGCAACGUGGCCUCCCUCCCUUUCCCCCACAGCCCUGAUCUCAAAAGAGCCAUCUGGAACUACAUUCAUUGUUUCUAUGGAAUAAGAUACGAUGAUUAUGAUUAUGGCGAAGUUAACCGGUUACUGGAGCGUGGGCUGAAACUUUACAUAAAAGCUGUGGCGUGCUACCCUGACUCCUCCAAGACCCCUUUAUGCCCACUCUCCUGGACCCCUGUCAAAGCUUCAGAUAAGGUCCAUGUAAAUUUGUUGGUGAUGGAGGCACGUCUGCAGGCCGAGCUACUUUAUGCACUCAGAGCCAUCACCCAGUACAUGAUCGCAUAGGACACAAGCGUUCAACGCCACAGAAGGGGAGUGUACACAAUUGCAUUGUACACAAUCACAUGGUACAGAGAGGAAAAUCACAGACGACAAAGAGAUACAAGUAGAGACAAUGUUAGAGUUGCCUCUCCUUCUCUGUUUAUGUUGUCUCUGUGACAUUUGCUGAGUUUACUGGUGUGACAUAAGGUACUGCUGUGAAACUGUUCUUUGCCAAAGGUGAAACUUUAGGAAGAAGGGUGCAAAGCAAUUGAUCUCACAUCUACUGUCAUUUGCAUGUCUUUCCCCUACUUCAUUUAUUUCUAUAGUUGUCCUUUUGUGAGUAUACUUUUCUUUUUCUACCUGUCCUUUUUAGUAUCUUGAUCCCAGAUGGUUAAUGUGCAAUUAUUUUUAUUCAGUUGUUAUUAAUAUUUUCCUAUUUUGUUUGCUUGUGUGUUUGUUUUUGCUGUUGCUGUUCAGUUGAUUGACUUGUGAGAGAGAAGUGUCCAACUGGUUGUUUCCGAGAUAUCAAAUUUGGAAGCUUUUUUCAAAAAGGUCUAAGCCAAUUUGAGUCACUGUUUACAGAGAAUGAGUGAGUGGACAAAUGCGAUUACUUAACAUAGCUUCCAGAUGUUUCAUUUGAAUGUUGAGCGGUGAGAUCAGAGCAACAUUUAAAAAAGGGUAGGAAAAGGUUAAAUGGCUGUUACUUUCUUUUUAAAUAGCACUUUUAAGACAGUAUCUAUCAAUAUAUCAAUAAGCUUUAGACUGUGGCUUUGUUCAGCUCACAACAAGUAGUCUAAGUACUGUGUUUCACCUGUUCAAAUUGAUUCGCAUUUAUAUUUGCCGGAAUCUUCCACAUGAAUCGAGCCUGUCGAAUGGGUGCUAUAAAGAUUUAUGUGACAUUUAUAGGAUCCAUAACACCUGGUCUAAUUAUUCAUCAGAUUCAUCUCCGCAGCAACAAAACAAGCUUUAAGAUCUACAUUUGAGAGAUGCAAUACAAUGAAAAGGAUUGCAUUUUCUUAAUUACUUCAAGUUGUAAAUGUACUUUGUUGUCAUAGUGUUUUCAGUGUUUGUUUUUUAGGGCAAACAAUCGGUUUUACCAGCUCUAUAUGGACUGUCCAAAUGAACAGUCCCAUACAAUGCCUGAUAGUUUGGUAUAAGUAGCAUGUGUGGAAAACAGUUUUAAAAAAAAAUCUAAAAGUUGGACUUAAAAGGAAUAUUCUGAGUUCAAUACAAGUUGAGCGCAAUCAACAGCAUUUGUGGCAUUAUGUUGAUUACCACAAAAAUAAUUUUGACUCUUCCCUCCUUUCAACUCAUCCCUCCAAAUAUCUGGGUUACAGUGAGUCACUUACAGUGGAAGUGAAUAGAGCCAAUGCGUAAACAUUAAAAUACUAUUUUAAAAGUAUAGCCACAAUGCAUAAAUAAUAAAGGUGUUAACAUGAUUUUAGUGUGAGAAAAUCGCUUUACUUUAAAUCACUAACCUUUUCUGUGUAAUUAUAUCCAAUAUUACAACAUUGUUGCAAUGAUAAAAUAAUGCCGUAAACUCAAAAACUACUAUAAAAAUGAACUUUACAGCUCAAAUAAUGCACCAGUUUUAACAUAAUUAAUUUAAGUGGUUUUAAAAAAAUUACAAGCUUCAAAUUUCUGCCUUUAAACCCUCCAAAAAUUGGCCCCAUUCACCUCCAUUGAGUGCCUCACUGUAACCUCAGUGUUUUUUUAAGAAAAGGAGGGACGAGUCUAAAUAAUUUUUGGUGUAAUCAACAUUACACCACAAAUACUAUCGAUUGAGCUUAACUUGUAUUAAACCCGGAAUAUUCCUUUAAUUCAUGAGAGACCGUAAAUAAUUAGCCCACUGAAUGGUUUCAGUCGAAGGACCAGAAAUCAGUGAGAAGCACUAAUAAAUAUUGUGCUGGCAUGUCCAGGAUUAGUAAAGGGUAUAGUUUAUAUACCUUUAGGUUUAUAGACCUUCAUUCAUGAGAAAUUAAUCUGCCACAAUUGGGAAUUGUUUAAAAAAAAAAAGAAAAAAAGUACCUUGUAAAAAUAGAAAUUCACCUUGUGAUGUAUGUGAGGAGUAAGGAGUUUAGAAUAAGCUUAGAAUUUUUAUUUUUAAUGUUGACUGGCUGGUGUAGAUCAAAUGAAGGACUUUUAUUCUGACAAAACUACAGAACAAAAAUGUUUUGUCAACUCUGUCUUUCUUAGGUGAAAAGGUCUAUCCUUCCUAUAACUGACCUGCACAUAUUUUACCUGCACUGAACCUUUUGCACCCUACUAUUGUGGCACAUUGCCUCUUAUCAGCUCUUGUUUUUGACAAAUGGCUUGAAGAGGCAUUCGUCCAGUGAUGCCCUGAAUUUAUAAAAUGUUCAGAUUUGUGGGAAAGGCCAAUUACCUGUACUGUGUUAAAGUCAGGGUGGUGGUAUUGUUGCGUAAUUACAGUUGACAAAACGGCUUGUGCACCACCUAUGGUUUGUUAUGUGUGUUUUAAAACAUUGCAUUACUACUUUUUGUUUCUUUUCAAGUGUCUUGUCUUUUUUGAGGAAGGGUGAUGGUUGCAAGGUUCCAUUAUUAUGUUGGAGUAGCAUUCCAAUAGUCCACUAAUAUUAUAUUGUUGGGCAUUUGGAAGCAAGGUAUGUAAACUGCAGAAAUGUGUACAGAACGUGAGUUAUACAGGAGCUGCAGUCUGUACUGAGAGCAUGGUGCCUUUUGAUUACUGAUGAGUUAUGUGAUAUCUCAUCAGAAUGGCUAAACUGGACUUUAGUCUAAGAACUAAGCCUCAUGCUACUAUAUUAACAGUAAUUUAAUAUAAAGGAAGAGGAGUCAGUCGAAAGCAUUCAUCAUCAAAGCUGACUGACCGUAAUGGACACCUAGGACUAACAAACUACUCCAUGGAGAGGCUUUCUGGAGCAGGAUAGGACUGCAGAAUGGCCAUUCUGCCUUAAGCAGGGCUGUCCUAAAUUCUUGAAUUGCAAUCUGUGGAGACCUCCAGACUGUCCCCACCACCUCAGCUGGAAGAUGUUAAGGACAGUGCCUCAGCAAGCAUGGCUAAUGCCAAAAUGUUUAUUUACCACGUAAAUGUAGGAAUUAUAAAAAUAAAAUGACCAAAAGAAGGAAAAAAAAAAGAAAAAAGAAAAAACUGAAAAAACAAGUAAAAAAGUUUUGAAAUGUGAAAGCUUAUUUUUUCUAUAAAGAUAUGCACUAUCGUA